AUGCCUAACAGCUCACUAUGUACUAUUCAGCCAACCAGUAUCUCUUCCAUGGCAUUACCAAUCAUUUAUAUCUUCCUUUGUGUCAUUGGGCUCCUUGGAAAUUCUCUCUCUCAAUGGGUAUUUUUAAGAAGAAUAGGUAAGAGAACAUCAACGCACAUCUACUUGACACAUCUGGUGACUGUAAACUUGCUUGUGUGCAGUUCUAUGCCUUUUAUGGGUAUCUACUUCUUGAAAGGUGAUAAAUGGGAAUAUACAUCUGUACAAUGCAGGGUAGUCAAUUUCCUGGGAACUUUGUCUAUGCAUAUAAGUAUGUAUGUCAGCCUCUUUAUUUUAUGCUGGAUUGCCAUAACCCGCUAUGCAACCUUAAUGAAAAAGGAGGCCAUACAAGGGGCCACUUCAUGCUAUGGGAAAAUAUUUUAUGAUCAUUUACUGAAAAAAUUUCGACAGCCCAACUUUGCUAGAAAAGUCUGUAUUUACAUAUGGGGCACUGUAUUGGGCCUAAUUGUUCCAGUUAUCAUAUACUACUCUGCUGUAGAAGCUACUGAGAAAGAAGAACGCUGGUGCUACAGUUGGCAGAUGGAACUAGGAGCCAGCAUCUCUCAAACUGCAGGCCUCAUUGGAACCACAUUCAUUGGAAUCUCAUUUUUAGUUGUACUGAUAUCGUACUACUCUUUUGUUAAUCAUCUGCGAAAAGUAAGAAGCUGUACCUCCAUUGGAGAGAAAGAUUUGACUUACCGUUCUGUGAGAAGGCAUCUUUUGGUCAUUCAGAUUCUAUUAGUAGUUUGCUUUUUUCCCUAUAGUAUUUUUAAGCCCAUUCUUUAUGCUGUGCACAAAACAGUUAACUGUGAACUCCUGAAUUAUUUAAUAGAAGUGAAAAACAUCCUUACCUGUCUUGCAUCAGCCAGGAGUAGUACAGACCCCAUUAUAUUUCUUUUCUUAGACAAAACAUUCAAGAAGACACUAUAUAAUCUCUUUAGAAAAUCUGAUUCACAAGACUGGAGAGAUGGCAGGGGAGAAUAA